GUAGAUAUUACUGAGCUUAAUUUUGUAGUCUUGUCUUUAAAUGAAGAUGGAAGAAUUGGAAUUGGAUAUUUCUAAGUUGAAACGGAGUUUAAUGUGUGAAAUAUGUGUAGAACUCUUUGGAUCACCGUUUAUGCUUUCAUGUGGACAUGUUUUUUGUUAUGGUUGUAUUCUUGAUUGGUUGUUUCAUAAGCGUACAUGUCCUACUUGUAGACAUCCUCUUUCUCAACGUCCUUCAUUUGCAUACCUUGUUCAAGAAAUGGUAGAUGUAUUUGUUCAUCGAAUAGAGGCAUUAGAUCCUGAAGGAGAAGGGAAACAUGUAAGGAAGCAUCAAGAGGAUCAUAGAAAACGAAUGGAAGAGAAUAGGGAUAAUCUUUUUUUUGAUCUUUUUUUAGAAACGAAAUUUACAAAUGUUUUGUGUGAUCGUGAAGAUGGAGUUAUGAGAUGCAUGAGAUGCUAUUGGGAGAUAGAGGGUUCUGUGUGUGUACAUUGUGGGUUUCAAUUUUCUGAUGAAGAAGUUGGUUCUUUAGAUGAUGUUUCUUAUUCAGAUGUACAAGUGGCUUCUCAAUUACAUGAUCAAGAUUCUUUAUACCAAGAUAGUAUUUGCUCUGAACCUGAUGAUUAUGAUUAUGAAGAUUCUUUUAUUGAUGACAGGCCAAUUGAUGAGAUUGAAAAUGAUGUAUCUAUUGAAGAAAUUAGUGAUUCUAAGGAUUUAUUGGAACAAUCUUUUUCUAGUCUUGAUUCUGAUACAACAGAGAAUAAGAGGUUUGAUGAAAUAGGUCAUGAUUCUUUAAUUGAAAAACGUCAACGACGGCCAAAAAAGUCUAAAAAAUAUGAGAAAAAUGUAUAUUUAGAUACGCAGAGGUCUAGAAGUCAACUAAUUUCACUCGAUUCUGAUGAUAAUUUAAAUAUUGAUGAAAACAGCUCUGAUUCAUCAAAUUCUUGCUCAGAUUCAGUUUCCUUUUCAAAAAAACGUAACGGCAAAUUACGUUAUAUAGAUCUUUCUUCUAAUUCUAAUUAUGAUAAUGUUAAUGGAUAUUUAAGCGAUCAUUUCUCAAAUUCAUCUUUACAGACACUUCAAUUCCCAAAAAAAAAACGUAACAAAAUAAGGAAUCGCUGCAAAAUAAUUAAUAUUCCAUCAAGUGUUAACAAUUCUGAUCAUAAUGAGUAAUCCUAAUAAUAUCAAAUCUUAAUUAUUUUAUUUAAAAAAAAUGU